AUGGAAGGAGGUAAAUUAGAAUCAGAUGAACACGAUGAAAUGACCCAAGUGGCCGUCACUUCCGCUGCAACCCAUACUAAUCCAACACAAUCACUCUUUCUUCCCUUUCAAAUGAUGGAGAGUCUCUCAGAAAAACUAAAACUUUUGGAUUAUGAGCAGCGCUACUGUUAUCGUAACAGAAUCAAAGGACUUUCAAAGCUUUAUUUCGUUGUUCCUACAAAUCCAGGCGAACAAUUCAACACUUUCGUUGGGCUGGCUGCAUGGCUUAUCAAUGAAGCAGGAUUAGCAAUGGAAAUGCCACAGGAAUAUGAUGAUCCCAAUGCUACAAUCGCAACCGUCCUCGAUUCUCUUCGAUCAUUAGUAGGCCAGGCACCUGAGUUUCCGCCCUCGAAGCUAAAAUCUGGCUGCGGGGAAUAUUGUAUACAUGUACUUGAUCUAUUGGCCGACACAGCUAUAAAGCAAAAAUACAUUUCUUUUGAACCGCCGCUGCUGGAUGAGAAGAUAGAGGCGGAAAGUAUCACUUCUGUAAUCGAGGAUACAACAGCCUCGGCCUCAGAGGAAGGUGAUUUGGUGGAAUGGACAGGAAACAAGGUCUGCGUAGAUGGCGUUACGUCAGAAUUGCGAUCCGGCAUUAUUUGUGAUUCGGAGGUGGAUGCGGACUCCGAUGAUGAUGAAAAUGACUUGGUAGCUGUAAAUCUAGAGUGCAUGAGCAAGUCGCAGGCGGUUCCAGACACAGUUCAGAACGAUAUUUCUCUGGACGAGGAACCGUCCUUCAUCGACUCCCACGGUCCUUUCGGAGGCCUACUGACGGAAGCAGUGGCUCGGCAUCCGCACAGCCAGCAAGCCUCCGAGUUGGCCGUUGAAACAAUGGCAUCAGUAGAGAGGGGCGACUGGCAGAUGGAAGUGGAGCGCGUGCUACCGCAGUUGCGCUUGGCGACGUAUGCGGAGGCGAGGGAUUGGCGUAGUCGUCUUGAUCAAAUCGACCAUCACAGCCGUUCCAUCAACGUCUGCUUCACUGAAUCCCGUGGGCACCUAAAAACCCUGCAGGAGGACCUCUCGCGCGGGUUGGACAAAAUUAGUAGCAGGGAGAAGUACAUCAACAGCCAAAUUGAUCGUGUCCUCACGGAGUAUAGGUGUGUUCAAGACCGACUAAGUGAGGUGAAGGAGGCAUACACGCAAGCGAGCGGGAACAUAGCGGAGCGAAGCAAAGCGCUGGCACAACUGUCGGAGGAGGUGGAGCGGGUGAAGCAGGAAAUGGAACAGCGCGGCUCCAGCAUGACCGAUGGCUCACCAGUAGUGCACAUCAAGCAGGCUAUCCAGCGUCUCAAGGCCGAGAAUGUUGCUAUGGAAAUACGCACAGGAGUGUUGGAGCACACUCUGUUGCGAUUACAUCUACGUGCUCGCGAAGAAAGUCAAAAACCACUCUUUACGCGUCCCCUCGGCACCCUCCUUGCCAAUGCGCCCCUCGAAAGCGGCGGGGUAGACGUCAUCUAG